GCUCUCCGGCCCUUCCCUCUGGCCGGCCCGGUCGCCCGCUUGGUCCUCCACCGCCAGGGGGCGGGCGCGGCUUCCCGGCGGCGGGGGCCCAUUGGUCGCGGUGGGGAAGCGUGGGAGGAGGCCCAGCGGCGAGCUGGCUUUCUCCUGGCCACUUGCGGGGGUGAGGGGCAGCCGGAGGAGUCCGAGAGAAAGCCGAGGCGCGAGCUGGAGGCGGCGGCUCCCGUCGGCCUCCGGCAGGACUGAGCGCUGGGAGGCCGGAAGGCGGGCGCGCACGGCGGAGAGGCGGGCGGGAGGCCGGAGCAUAUUAAUGAAAAGCACCAUAGACUGAAAAACCAAACAUGAGGGUAGCAGGUGCUGCAAAGUUGGUGGUAGCUGUGGCAGUGUUUUUACUGACAUUUUAUGUUAUUUCUCAAGUAUUUGAAAUAAAAAUGGAUGCAAGUUUAGGAAAUCUAUUUGCAAGAUCAGCAUUGGACACAGCUGCACGUUCCACAAAGCCUCCCAGAUAUAAGUGUGGGAUCUCAAAAGCUUGCCCUGAGAAGCAUUUUGCUUUUAAAAUGGCAAGUGGAGCAGCCAACGUGGUGGGACCCAAAAUCUGCCUGGAAGAUAAUGUUUUAAUGAGUGGUGUUAAGAAUAAUGUUGGAAGAGGGAUCAAUGUUGCCUUGGUAAAUGGAAAAACAGGAGAAGUAUUAGACACUAAAUAUUUUGACAUGUGGGGAGGAGAUGUGGCACCAUUUAUUGAGUUUCUGAAGGCCAUACAAGAUGGAACAAUAGUUUUAAUGGGAACAUACGAUGAUGGAGCAACCAAACUCAAUGACGAGGCACGGCGGCUCAUUGCUGAAUUGGGGAGCACAUCUAUUACUAAUCUUGGUUUUAGAGACAACUGGGUCUUCUGUGGUGGGAAGGGCAUUAAGACAAAAAGCCCUUUUGAACAGCACAUAAAGAACAAUAAGGAUACAAACAAGUAUGAAGGAUGGCCUGAAGUUGUAGAAAUGGAAGGAUGCAUCCCCCAGAAGCAAGACUGAUGGAAAUGUGGAGAGAAUUGAAGAAAGCGCACUUUCACUAUUAAUGGGAGACCUAUAAAUGGCAGAGCUAUGUGUAAAUAUUUUAAGAGCAUGCAGCCAUCUUGGUGUGUGCAUGAGUAUUGUCUCUUUUGAUAGCAGGAUUAUUUAUUGCUAACGUAAAUAGAUAGCAUUGUAAAUAGUCAUCACAAUGAUCAAGUCACUGAACCAUGUCUCCACACAUUUCCCUAAAUACAAUGUUGAGACUGCUAUGGCAAUACAUAUUUUAAAUUCUAAAAGCAUACGCAAUGUGUAACUGAAUGGUUUGUGAAAAAUAUAUUGAUAUAUGUACUAGUUGCUGUGAAAAUAUCAUGGAAUAAUAUGGAUUUUAGGGUGGAUACUUUAUUUUCUUUUAUACCUCUAUAUAUUGCCUUGUGAUGACAUUAUCUUUUAAAUUAAAAAGAGAUUUGGCUAGUUGUGUGUGUAAUGUUACUUUACAGUCCAACUCUCCUGAUGUACCUCUUUUCAUGAUCUUUUUCUUUCCUUCCCAAGAAACUGAGGAAUGUUUAAUAUGAAAACAUACAUCGGAUAUGUGAAAAGCACAACAAAAUUCUUAAUGUACACAGUAAAAAAGUAAAUAUAUAAAUGUAGAUGGCAUUUAGGACCACAGCUUGUUGGAUUUGUGUUUGCUAUGGGAAUAACUUGAUUCUGUAUAAGCUAUUUAGAGUGAGGCUGGAGGUGGCAGCUUCACAGAACUGGAGAACCGGGCCAAGUCCCCUCCCAACCUGAUUAGGUCGUUCAGGACAGCUAAGUCAGUAUAUUUAGAGCAAUACUAGCAUAUGUUUUUCUUAAUUGUUAUCAGCAUUGACCAAGUGGUUUGGAAGGAGGCAUGCUUUAAUAUCACAAUAAUUUUGAUUUGUAAACCAAGAAAUUAAUCGUGUGUUUAUCUAACUUCAUAAUAGCAAUUAUUGCCCGAAGCUAUAGUGGCAUAUUUACAAAAGUUCUUAUUACUGGGUGGACUGAUAACAUUUAAAAAAUGAUUGUGUUUGACCCCAGAUGACUUUAUACCCAAUUCUACAUAAAAAUAUAGAAGAUUUAUCUUUUUUGUUACCUUCAGAUGUUCACUAAAUAAGUCAGUUUUUAAGCAGAAGUUUUCAGGGCAUUAAAUAUAUGUUGUGUAUGAAGUAUCUCAAACUGGAACAUAAAUUUAGUGAUCAAACUGCCAUUCACAAUGUAAGGCAGCACUUAAAUUUUGAACCUAAAUUUUAGAUGCGUUGUAUAAAAAAAACGUAAAAGCAGUAUCUGUUAUUUAGCUGCAAACCAAGUUGAAAGCUAUUCAGAUAAUUUCUUAAAUAUUGAUGAACUUUGGAGUACUGUUUCUUCCUUCAAACUGAAUGUAAUUCAUGAAUAAAUGCACCUUAUAUGUUUAAACAAUCUUUGUAUACUUUUGGGAUUUUUGGUGCUUAUAUGCUAAAUCACAUUCAGCAUGUGUAUUUUGACAUUUAAAAUACUUUCAUCAAUUCUGUAAAUUAAAAGAAUAGUUAUUUUACAGUUCCAGGGAUUGUGAAAUAAACGUUGCAGUUUUUUAAAAUAAUGAAAAUAAAUACUCUUGGUUUUGCUUUGUGAA